AUGAGCGCUUCCUCCACUCUGAAAAACCUCGGGGACAGCAUCACUUCGGGAGCCUCUCAAAUUGGUUCCUCCAUCAGUAAAACCAUGAGCUCGGUCGGCUCUCUCAUGAAAACAUCAAAGACCACAAACAUUCCGGAUAAGAAGGGUGAAAUUCAGGAGCUAAAACAAUUAUUAUCAGAUCCAACAAUUGAUAAUGACCAAACAAAAAAGAGAGAAGUACUCCAACGUGUGAUUGGAUUCACAACAAUGGGAUUAGAUACCAGCAAAUUGUUUGACAGAAUGAUCAUGGGUGUAAACACAAAGGACAUUGUGCAGAAGAAAAUGAUAUAUCAGUACAUUACCCACUAUGCCAGACAAAAUGCCGAUUUGGCUAUUCUCGUCAUUAACACUCUCGCAAGAGACUGUAGAGAUGAAAGUCCAAUCGUUCGUGGAUUGGCAUUGCGUUCCUUGAGCAGUUUGAGAAUUUCUAAACUAACGGAACAUCUCGUUCCACUCAUCAAAGAAGGGUUGAACGACCCUAGCCCAUACGUUAGACGUGCUGCUGUUGUGAGCGUAUCUAAGUUGUUCAAGAUUGCUCCCCAAAUAGUAAAGGUUGAAAAAUUCGAUGAUAGAAUGUAUGAUAUGAUUCAAGAUAAGGACGCUCAAGUAAUUGUAAACUCUAUUCGUACACUGAACGAAAUUGAAGAAUCAGGUGUUAUUGUAUCUAAAAAGAUGGUGUAUCAUCUCCUUAAUAAGCUAUCAGAAUAUACUGAAUGGCAACUCACUGAGGUCGUUUCACUUUUGCUCAAAUAUAAACCAGAGAGUAAUGACGAAAUAUUUGAUAUCAUGAACUUGCUUGAUGACAAAUUAGAAAUUUCAAAUGCAUCUGUGGUUAUGUCUAUCACAAACUUGUUCUUACAUUACACUCAAAAUAUGCCAAAGAAUCACAUUAGAGUGUAUUCUAGAUUGAGAGAUCCAUUAUUACUUUUAUUUGCUACCUCAAGUCCUGAGCUUGCUUACACAAUUUUGCAGCAUUUGAAGUUCAUGAUGACAAGAAGUCCUCACGUAUUCCAGCCAUAUUUCAAGGACUUUUACAUCAAGUACAACGAUCCUUCGUAUUUGAAAGAGCUGAAACUAGAGGUUUUAACUCUUUUAGCUAAUGAGAAAAAUGUACAAGAGAUUAUGAGCGAACUGAGUUAUUAUGUGUCUUUGGGUGAUAAUACUGUUUCCACAUCUAAAAAGGCUAUUCGAGCUUUGGGAGAAAUUGCUGUAAAAGUGACAUAUGCAACUGACGAAUCAUUGACACAUCUUCUUGAAUUUUUGGAUACUGGUAUAGUUCACAUUAUCAGCGAGACAACGAUAGUAUUGAAAGAUAUUUUGCGUAAAUAUAACGAUGUUGAGUUCUGUAAGGUGUGUCUGCCUUCUAUCACCAGACAUUGGAGAACUAUUGAAGAUCCAGAAGCUCUUUCCUCAUUUGUUUGGAUGUUGGGAGAGUUUGGAAAAGAUGCUAUACUUCCAGCUGCUCCAUACAUCUUGGAGAAUUUUAUUGAUAACUUUUCUACUUACCACUACAGCGUGAGAAAUCAAAUUUUGACUAGCGCCAUGAAACUAUUCUUUUUGAGAGCUCCAGAAAUGGUCGCAAUGUUAGGAAGACUUUUCGAAGUUGCUGUGAACGAUACCUCCCAUGCAGAUGUACACGAUAGAGCCCUGUUUUAUUAUCGAUUGCUUUCUGCCAAUGUCGAUUUAGCAAAAAGCGUAGUGAUGACAAAGAAGGAUGUGGUAACAAAAUUCGCAGAAGAGGAAUCUGUAGAAUUCCGUGAUCGUUUGUUUUCAGAAUUUAACACCCUUUCCAUCAUUUAUGGAAAACCAAGUGAAAGAUUUAUUGUCAAAGAUGUUGAAGUGCUUGGACAAGCAAUUGAUGAUGAAGAUAGUGAUGAUGAAGGUGAACUACAUCAUGAAGAAGCGGUUGGGGAAGAGGAAGUUGAAGAAGAGGAAGAAGAAGAAGAAAUGAAAAAGGCAAACGAAGAAAGAUUGCUGGAUGAUGAUCUAGAUUACGAAGACACAAAUAAUGUUCCAAUUGUUAUGCCACCUGCUUUGACACCUGCAGAGUACCAGCAAAAGUGGAAGUCUUCUGACUUUGUGAAUUCGGCAAGACCCUAUUCUUUCUCUUUCAAUGAAGGACGACCAAGUGCCGCAGAAAUCGAAGAAAAGUUAAGAGAGAACAAUAUUUUGACAAUGGCAAGUAACGUGAAGAAUGAGCCACACAUGUUCUAUUUCUAUACUCAAACAUCAGACUUACACUACAUUUUAAUUGAAUGCAAGAUGUUUCAGGAUGGCAAGGUAGCUGCAACAUUCAGAUCAAGUGACGCCUCCAAAUUACAGCAAUUCGCAGUUGACUUUGAAUUUAUUGUUUCUGAGAUUCAAGUGUAA